AUGGGAAAGAAUUUUAGCAUUGCAACAGUUUCCUUGUUAUUGCUGUUGACAUCCACCAAUGCUGGGCAGGUCUUUGACGUUAAAUCAUAUGGAGCACAGACUAAUGGCGAUAUCACUCAGGCUUUGACACAAGCUUGGAAAGCUGCUUGUGCAGUAGCAGGAAGUAAAGUUGUGAUUUCAACGGGAACUUACAAACUAGGUUUAGUGACUUUGUUGGGUCCAUGCAAAGGUGCUAUUGAGUUUAACCUUCAGGGCACCCUACAAGCCCCAUCAAACGUUGAAUCCUUCAAAGGGAAAGAUGGUUGGGUCGUUUUUGAAAGGAUUGACAGUCUUACUGUGUCAGGCGGUGGAGUUUUUGAUGGCCAAGGACAAAUGGCAUGGCAAAAAAAUAAUUGUGCGAAAAAGUACAAUUGUGACAUACUUCCUAUUAAUAUAAGGUUCAACUUCAUCACUAAUUCAAUAGUCCAAGACAUUACAUCGAAGGACAGCAAAUUUUUCCAUAUCAACCUUCUGGAAUGCAAGAACUUGCAAUUCCAACAUGUUACCAUAACUGCACCUGGAGAUAGCCCCAACACUGAUGGAAUCCACAUAGGACGGUCAUCUCAGAUCAACAUUACCAAUGCCAAUAUUGGAACAGGUGAUGAUUGCAUCUCCAUUGGUGAUGGAACCCAAGAUAUUACUAUUAAGCAAGUAACUUGUGGACCUGGCCAUGGCAUCAGUAUUGGAAGUCUUGGAAGGUACGAAAACGAACAACCUGUUUCAGGAAUCAAAGUUAUUGGUGCCACUCUUAGCAAUACAAAAAAUGGUGUUAGAAUCAAAACAUGGCCUGCUUCCCCUUCUGGGACUGCUUCUGGUAUACAUUUCGAGAAUGUUAUCAUGGACAAUGUUGGCAAUCCUAUCCUCAUUGAUCAAAACUACUGCCCAAACAAUCAAUGCUCAAAUGAGUCUCCCUCUAAUGUUAAGAUCAACAAUGUUAGCUUCAAGAACAUUACAGGAACCUCUUCAACAAUGGAAGCUGUGAAGCUUGUUUGCAGUAAGAGUGUACCAUGCCAACAGGUGGUGGUUGCUGACAUUGAUCUCACAUACAAGGGAAGUGGAUCUGCUACUUCCACUUGUGUUAACGUCCGUCCUGUGGUUUCAGGCAAGCAGAACCCUUCUACUUGUACCAAAAAAAUUUAACUAAUGCGGUAUGAAGAAAUACUAUCUACAGACAAGUUAUAGAAAUUCUGUUCUAAAUAGAAUCUCAUUUACUUGUG